GAAAAUAAAAAAGGCAAAGGAAAACACAUAACAACAGAAAAGAAAGUGUGAGAAAGUGAGGGAAUAAGCCACAUAUGUGAUAUAUAGAGGUUUCUUUCUUUUGUCUCCAAAUAGAAUGGCCUCUAUAUAUAUAUGCAUAUAAAUAUGUCGCAUUUUACAUCUUCACUUCCUCUGUAAAACCCUAACAAUUCCAAAUCCCUCGUUUUUCUAUUUUCGUUCCCUCUCCAUAGAAAUCGAGCUUUUUCUAUAUCUCAAGAUUCCGAUCGUUGGUGAGCGAUCGAUCCAGUUCAAUCACUUGAGCGAGGUGCGGGGGGGCAUUUUCUGGGAAAUCGUUGUGCGGAGCAAAAGAUCUGGAUUUUGUGCUAGGGUUUCCUUCGGAUCGUCAAGGCUGGCGGGGGUGGGGGGAAAGUAAUGGCGGAUCUGCCACGUGUCCGCCUUAUCGACUGUGUCGAAGUUGAGGAGAGAUCGCUAGGGUUACAGUGCCGCGAAAUUUUUUCCAAGGGGAAGGUGUCAUCGAAAAAGUGGGAGGAACCAUGCUGAGCGUGCUUCGCGUUCACCUGCCAUCCGAUAUUCCGAUCGUUGGUUGUGAGCUCACGCCGUACGUGCUUCUCCGCCGGCCGGACAAGAACCUUACAACCGAGGAUGUGCCGGAGUCUGCCCCAAUCGAAGGCCACUUUUUGAGGUAUAAGUGGUAUCGUAUACAAAGCGAUAGAAAAGUAGCUGUCUGUAGUGUACAUCCAUCUGAGCAUGCCACUUUGCAGUGCUUAGGUUGUGUGAAGGCCAAAAUACCUGUUGCCAAAAGUUACCAUUGCUCUCCUAAGUGCUUCUCGGAUGCAUGGCAGCAUCAUCGUGUUUUACAUGAUCGGGCUGCUAGUGCUGUAAAUGAAAAUGGGAAUGAAGAGGAAGAGUUAUUUGGCCGCUUCAAUAGUACCGGAUCUGGAAGUAUCAAUACUAGUUUAGCUCCUUCUGCAUCAAGUGCUAGCUUGGCGAAUGGUUCAGCACCUUUAUAUCCUGCUGCAGUUACUCAAAGAAGUGGUGGGGAAACUUGGUUUGAAGUUGGACGCUCUAAAACCUAUACACCAACAGCCGAUGAUAUUGGCCAUGUUCUCAAAUUUGAGUGUGUUGUGGUAGAUGCAGAAACAAAACUGACCGUUGGACAUGGCAGCAAUAUACUAACUUCCCGAGUCAUUCCAGCUCCCUCACCUACUCCUCGUCACUUGAUCUCAGUCAGUGGAGUUGAUAUGGUGGGGCAUUUGGAUUCAGAUGGCCGUAUAUCAUCUGCAGGAACCUUUACUGUGCUCUCAUACAACAUUUUGUCCGAUGUGUUCGCCACCAGUGAAUUAUACAGUUACUGCCCCUCAUGGGCUCUUUCUUGGCCUUACCGCAAGCAGAAUUUAUUACGGGAAAUAGUUGGAUAUCGUGCUGACAUUGUCUGUCUGCAAGAGAUUCAAAGUGAUCAUUUUGAGGAAUUUUUUGCCCCAGAGCUGGACAAACAUGGAUAUCAAGCACUUUACAAGAGAAAAACAAACGAGGUUUACACUGGUAAUAUCCAUACAAUUGAUGGUUGUGCAACAUUUUUUCGCAGGGAUAGAUUUUCACAUGUCAAAAAAUAUGAGGUUGAAUUUAAUAAGGCUGCCCAGUCUUUGACGGACGCUGUGGUUCCAAGUGCUCAAAAGAAAACUGCUCUAAAUCGACUAGUUAAGGAUAAUGUUGCACUAAUAGCAGUCCUGGAAGCAAAAUUCAGUUACCAGGGUGCUGAUAUUCCUGGGAAACGACAACUUCUUUGUGUGGCAAAUACACACAUAAAUGUUCAUCAAGAAUUGAAAGAUGUCAAGUUGUGGCAGGUUCAUACUCUCUUAAAAGGUUUGGAAAAAAUAGCUGCCAGUGCAGACAUUCCCAUGCUGGUUUGUGGCGAUUUUAAUUCAGUUCCUGGAAGUGCACCACAUGCACUUCUUGCGAUGGGAAAAGUGGAUCCAAUGCAUCCAGAUUUAGCAAUAGACCCUCUUGGAAUUUUGCGCCCUGCCAGCAAGCUAACACAUCAGCUGCCUCUGGUAAGUGCUUACUCAUCCUUUGCAAGAAUGGGGGUUGGCAUUGGUUUGGAGCAACAGAGGAGAAGGUUGGACCCCUCAACAAAUGAACCUUUAUUUACACAUUGCACUAGAGAUUUUAUUGGCACCCUUGAUUACAUAUUUUAUACAGCCGACUCUUUAACGGUGGAAUCAUUGUUGGAACUCUUGGAUGAGGAUAGCUUGAGAAAAGACACAGCACUUCCUUCUCCGGAGUGGUCCUCUGAUCAUAUUGCCCUUCUGGCUGAAUUUCGUUGCAAGCCUAGAACUAGACGUUGACAUUCCAGGUGUGCUUAGAAUGGACUUUUGGGUUUAAGUCAAACUAUUGUGUGUUGACUUACAUGCUGCAAAAUUGUGAUUCUACUUGGUAAGAGAACUUCAUCAUAUGCUUUCUGUGUGUAAAAGUUGAAUGGGGACAACUUGGUGUAUGAAAGAAAGCUCUCAGUGAAAUGUGAAAUGCACCAAAAGUCUGAAGUUGAAUGGGGUGUAUUUUUGAAAUCUCGUAAUACCUUUAUUUGAUAUUUUGAAGAUUAGAACUUAUUUCGGUUUGUGUAGGUUGUGAUUACUCACCUAGCAUAUGUAUUUUGCCUGUAGGUCAGGUCUUCUGAACACAGAUGCCUAAGAGAGUGGGGUUGAGAGAAGCCAAUGGAUAAAGAAGAUAAAACGUCAGUGUACUGAUGGUAGAUCAUGCUCCAUGUUCUUUAUCAGGUGUCCAUGUUGGAUCCUGGGUGUGAUCUACUUUGUAUUAUGCUACCUUUGUCACAUAGAAAAAUUAUGUUUAUGUCUCAUUCAAUUUCCUUUUGUUUUUUUUUUUUCCUUUGCCAAUAGAAAUGCCCAUCGGCCCGAUAUAAGUUAGGUUUUUAUCUUGUAAGUUGAGGAUUAAGUUUUACCCCAAGGCAGGUGUGAUGAGACACCUCCAGUUGUCGUAUAUCAUGGGUUUCCAUGUUUCCUUGGAAUUUUAGUGAUAAUCCUCGUUCGGUGCUGAUGCCUAA